GAUGAGAAAUACAUAUGUGUACUGAUAAUUAGAUAUCUACGCCGUGAAUCGACAGUGUAAUAGUUAAUGUCCUAAUGUUUUAAUCAUGACAUCUAAUGCAAUCAGGGGUAUACGUAGAAAGAAGAGUACACUUUGCGAAGUUAAGGUUGCUGUAAUUGGUGCACCAGGAGUUGGAAAAAGUGCCUUAACAGUAAGAUUUUUAACAAGACGAUAUAUCGGAGAAUAUGAUCAUCAGUCAGAAAACAAGUACAAACAUGAAGUUCUAGUAGAUGGAGAACCUAUACUUUUUGAGAUAUUAGAUUUUUGUCCCAAGAGUCAAGAUGAGCUCCCAUCAACGGAAACACUACAAUGGGCUGAUGGUUUACUUCUUGUAUAUUCGAUAACCGAUAGAAAUUCCUUUACUUUUGUACGAAAGGCAAAGGAGGCAUUAGCAGUUGCUGAUCCAGAAGCAUCGAUGCCUCUGGCACUCGUUGGAAAUAAAGCAGAUAUGAUUCACCUCAGACAGAUUAGUACAGAGGAGGGAGAAAUUCUUGCUAAGGAUUUUGAAUGCUGGUUCAGUGAGGUCACUGCAGCCGAACAGGUAACCCAAGUUGCAGAAUCGUUUCACGAAUUAUGUCGUGAAGUACUGGCAGCCAGAAGAAGAAAUAAGCAAUCAUUGCUUGAUCGGAUGUUGGGCAGUAAAUCAACGAAAGUAUAUUCCAGAGGAAAAAGUGAUUCAGCGUUACCAAAAGAUUAAUAUAACACUAUUUUUAUAGAAGAAAUUAUUAAAGUAAUUAGAUAUAGAUGUAAUGAGUUAAAUGUUGGUCUUCUCACAUACAAUCUCUAUUUUUUGUACUUAUCACGAAAAAUCGAGCUAAUAAAAGCUUUUCUCGUUUUUUAAAGUUAA